AUGAACGCGCUCGUGCAAAGACGCUUUGCUUUUCCCAUCGCGUCGCUACUACAACGUCGAUUGUUGUCAAAUGCGGCACCGAAUGCAGCCGACGCAAGCUCGGUGCAGCUGAGCAAUACCUGCAUCAAUCGCUUGAAGGAAAUUUGCAAAACCAACUCCUUUCUUCGCGUUGCGGUAGAAGGAGGCGGCUGCUCCGGCUUUCAGUACAAAUUCUCGGUUGAAAAACAGCUCGGCGACGAUGACGUCGUCGUGAGCCGGGACGGUGUACAGGUGGCGAUCGAUAGUGCAUCGAUCGAGUAUCUGAGCGGCGCCACCAUCGACUACCACACGGAAUUGAUACGUUCCGGGUUCCGUGUGAUAAACAACCCCAAGGCAGAUCAAGGCUGCUCCUGUGGCGCCUCGUUUACGGUAAAAUUGGACUAA